ACGCUCGUCAACCCUGACGCACCUCGCGCAUAUCUGGAAUUUGCAGAUGGAAUCCAUUCGAUCCAAAUUGUUAUAGGGUUUCCCACCAGUCCAGAACACGACUUCAUUAAAAUUCGUUAUGAGAAUGUCAAAGAAAUACUGAUCAAAGAUAGCAUGAUCUACUUUGACCUGUGGACCGCUCCGAUACUCGAACACGGCCUGCGCGAAUUUGAAGACGAUGAAACCGAAGCGGAUCACAAAAAUUCUCAUUCCAAGGACUUUACUUAUGAGAAGAGAACUCGUCUUGAAGGGCUUGAUGUGGUUUUGAUUUGA